AUGGAUAUUAUUGAUCGAGAUCAAAGAUUGGAAGAAAUACAAAGAGAAUAUGUAGAUUUUUUAGAUGAUAUGGAGGACCAAGGUAUUUAUACUACACUUGUUAAAAAUAUGAUUGAAGAAGGCAAUCGCAGAUUAUAUAUAAAUGUUAACGAUUUACGAAAAAAGAAUCCUGCUCGUGCAGCAAAUCUAUUAAAUAAUUCUUUCGAAGAACAUCAAGCUUUUCAAAAUGCAUUGAAACAAUUUGUUACAAAUAUUGAUGCAAAUUAUGUAAAAGAAGAUCUUUUUAUAGCAUUUGAAGGAAGCUUUGGAAACAAACAUGUUACACCAAGAACUCUUACAUCAAAUUUUUUAGGUAACUUAGUAUGUGUAGAAGGUAUAGUUACAAAAUGUUCCUUGGUACGUCCAAAGGUUGUAAGAAGUGUCCAUUAUUGUAGUGUUACAAAAACAGUAAUGGAAAGAACUUAUUCUGAUUUUACAUCUUUUGAAGCAUUUCCACAAUCUGCUGUAUACCCAACUACAGAUGAAGAUGGUAAUCCAUUAGAAACAGAAUUUGGCCUUUCUACAUAUAAAGAUCAUCAAACAUUGACUAUUCAAGAAAUGCCAGAGAAAGCACCAACUGGUCAGUUACCAAGAAGUAUAGAUGUGAUAUGCGAUAAUGAUUUAGUAGAUCUCUGUAAACCUGGAGAUAGAGUUCAGAUUGUUGGGAGUUUCAGAUGUUUACCUGGUAAACAAGGAGGAUAUACAACAGGAACUUUUAAAACGAUUUUAAUUGCUAACAAUAUUAUGCAAUUAAGCAAAGAAGCUAAUCUAUCUAUUUCACAUGAUGAUGUUGCUAUGUGUAAAAAACUUGCAAAAAAUAAUCCAUGUAAAAAUAUUUUUGAAUUACUCAGUAUAUCAUUAGCACCUUCUAUUCAUGGACAUGAUUAUGUAAAAAAAGCAAUUUUAUGUUUAUUACUUGGUGGUGUUGAGAAAUUAUUACCUAAUGGUACAAGAUUAAGAGGAGACAUUAAUGUUUUGCUUAUUGGUGAUCCAUCUGUUGCAAAAUCACAACUUUUGCGUUAUGUUUUAUGUACUGCUCCGAGAGCAAUACCAACUACUGGUAGAGGAUCAUCUGGUGUGGGUUUAACAGCUGCUGUUACUAUAGACAAUGAAACAGGAGAGCGUCGACUUGAAGCUGGAGCUAUGGUAUUAGCAGAUCGUGGAAUUAUUUGUAUAGAUGAGUUUGAUAAAAUGUCAGAUAUUGACAGAACAGCUAUCCAUGAAGUAAUGGAACAAGGAAAAGUAACAAUUGCUAAAGCAGGAAUACAUGCUAGCUUAAAUGCACGAUGUUCAGUAUUGGCAGCUGCAAAUCCAGUUUAUGGAAGAUAUGAUCAAUAUAAAACGCCGAUGGAAAAUAUUGGUCUCCAAGAUUCAUUACUUUCUCGUUUCGAUUUAUUAUUUGUCAUGUUAGAUAUUGUAGAUUCUGAACAAGAUCAAAUGAUCAGUGAACACGUUGUUAGAAUGCAUAGAUAUAGAAAUUCAAAAGAACAGGAUGGAGAAGCAUUAUCUCUAGGUAGUAAAAUAGAUAUAUUAACUACAAAAAAUCCAGAUCAAAUUCUUUUUGAAGAAACAGAAACUCAAAUUUAUCAGAAAUAUGAUCCCUUACUGCAUGGAUUAUUGCAAUCUAAGAGUGAUCAAAUUUUAACUAUAAACUUUAUGAGAAAAUAUAUUCAUAUAGCUCGUUGUAUGAAACCAAAGCUCACAGAAGAAGCUAGUGAAGUAAUUGCUGCUGAAUAUUCAAAAUUACGAUCAGAAGAAUCAAUAGAUUCUGAUACAGCAAGAACUCAACCUGUAACAGCUCGUACUUUAGAAACACUGAUUCGAUUAUCUACCGCACAUGCAAAAGCUCGUUUAUCAAAAAAUGUUACCGCAGAAGAUGCACAUGCAGCGAUAGAAUUAGUAGAGUUUGCCUAUUUUAAACGAGUAUUGGAAAAAGAAAAGAAGAAACGGAGACGAAAUGACAGUGAAGAAAGUACAGAUGGAGAAAAUCAAAAUGAAAAAAAGAAAAAACGUGCAAAAAAAGCGAAAGAAACUUUACAAGAUCAAGAUCCAUAUAAUUUUGAAAGUGAUGAUGACAGUUAUAUUGAUGAAGCUGCAAAAAGAGUUACUAGAUCACAAAUGAAAACAACUGAUUCAAGUUCAAAUCAAUCAUCAGCACUUGAUUCUGAUUGUAUUAUAUUACCAGAAACUCUUACUAUCAUUAAUGAAGAAAGAUUGAAAGUUUUUAGAACACUUCUUUAUAAAUUAUUUCAACAACAAAGAGCACAAUCACUUCCAUUAUCUAGAGUACAUGAAUAUAUAAAUAAUCAACAAAGUCAAGAAUUUACAUCUAAUGAAAUUACUGCUGCAAUUAAUAAAAUGUCUGAUGCAAAUCAAAUUAUGGUUGCAGAUGAUAAUAUUUUUCUUAUGUAAAACAUAUUUUAUACAUUAUUUUAUAUUUUUUACAAAAUUGUAAAAAUGAUUCAUUAAUGUUUUAAUAAAUAUCUAUAUUUCAAUUAAAUAA